CGAGUUCAUACAGCUCCUUCCAUCAAAUUUCCAUCCGCCCUAGUCUGCUUCUUUGAUCUGCCAAGCUAUCUCCUAAGUUCUUAUUGUAUAAGGAAAAAGAUGAAGAAAAAGACGGACCAAAAUAAGAGGGAUACUGAUUUGGUUGCAGUGAUGAAUUGUAAAUAAGUUGCGAGGGGCCAUUCCUUUUGGAUUCGGGAGAAUUGUCGGCGAUCUGGACACGGGAUAAAAGAUGCAUUUUUUCCAUUCCAAGCCGAGGGUGUUGUGCAAUUGCACAUCCAUUAUUCACAGGAUGAUGACUAAUAAGGCAAUAAGCCAUGCAAGAAGAAACACAUUGUUGGAGAUUGAGUCCACAACUCAGACAUGGUGGAAAGAAGCCGAUGUUUUCAAUGCUGAUUCUUGUCAGGAGCCUCCCCAACUUAGGCAGAAGUUCUUUGGCAAUAUUCCUUUCCCCUAUAUGAACGGUGUCUUACACCUCGGACACGGCUUCUCGAUUUCAAAGCUCGAAUUUGCAGCUGCAUACCAUAGACUUAAUGGUAUGAAUGUGUUGCUGCCAUUUGCUUUUCACUGCACUGGCAUGCCGAUCAAGGCAGCAGCCGAUAAAAUUGCAAGGGAAAUCCAACAGUAUGGUGAUCCUCCACUAUUUCCAAACUUAGAAGAGGAUAAUAGGCUGAAGUACCAGUGGGAGAUUAUGCGUGAUCUUGGCAUUCAAGACAGUGAAAUAUCAAAGUUUAAAGAUCCACAAAAAUGGUUGAGUUACUUUCCUCAUGUUGCCAUGGACGAUCUUAAGGCCUUCGGUUUAGGUUGCGACUGGAGACGGUCCUUUGUUACUACGGAAAUAAACCCAUUUUUUGAUUCAUUUGUAAGGUGGCAAAUGAACAAGCUGAAAUCAAUGGGGAAGAUAGUUAAGGAAGCUCGACAUACAAUAUUCUCUCCUUUAGAUGGUCAACCAUGUGCAGACCAUGACAGAACAAUAGGGGAAGGGGUUCAACCUCAGGAAUACACUCUCAUUAAGAUGGAGAUGGUAGCACCAUUCAACUCUCCAAAGAUGAAAGCAGCUUUGGAGGGUAAAAAUGUGUUUUUGGCUGCCCUGACUUCGAGGCCCGAGACGCUGUAUGGGUUGACAAAUGCAUGGGUGUCACCAGAAGGUCGAUAUGGAGCCUUUGAAAUCAACGAUACUGAUGUUUUGGUGCUUAGCCAUCGAGCUGCCCUUAACCUUGCAUACCAAGGGCUAUCUAAAAUCCCCGAGAAGACCAGUUGCUUACUCGAGCUGACAGGGUCUGAUUUGAUUGGGCUUCCUUUGAAAUUCCCGAUGUCGUUUCGUCAAAUUCUUCAUGUUCUUCCAAUGCCGGCAACAACCAACACCCGGAUUGUUGACAAAGGAACAGGAAUUCUAACCAGUGUACCUAGUGAUGUGCCGCUCGAUUACAUCUGGUUGCACAACUUGAAGAUGAAGCCUGAUCUUAGAAAUAAGUAUGACUUGAAAGAUGAAUGGGUGCUUCCGUUGGAGAUUACACCAAUCAUAUUUGUUGACGGGUUUGGUGAUGAAGCUGUUGCAGAGAGAGUUUGUAAGGAUAUGAAAAUUGUUAGUCAGAAUGAAAAGGUGAAGCUUGAAGAAGCAACAAAAUUGAUAGAUUCACUUGAGGGAAAGCUGCUUGUUGGGGAACAUGCCGGAAAGGGAAUCAACAUAGUAAAGCCACUGAUCAAUAAAUCACUGAUUGAAACACACAGAGCAAUUCUAUAUUACGAACCGGCAAGUCAAGUCAUAUCAAGAUCUGGUGAUGAAUGCAUUGUGGCUUUGACAGAACAAUGGUUUAUCACAUAUGGUGAAGUUGAGUGGAAGAAAAUGGCUGAGGAAUGCUUGUCGAGCAUGACACUAUACUCUGACGAAGCAAGACACUGGUUUGAGCAUUCACUAAGUUGGCUUAACAAAUGGGCAUGCUCACGGUCGUUUGGGCUUGGAACUCGGAUCCCAUGGGAUGAGCAGUUUCUUGUGGAGUCACUUUCUGACUCGUCUCUAUAUAUGGCUUAUUACACUGUUUCUCAUCUUCUGCAUGGUGGUGACAUUUAUGGUGCACGAUCAAACUCAUCCAUAAGACCCGAACAAAUGACAGGGUUUCAGGCAAGGAUCUGAUUCAAAAUCAUUUAAUGUUCUGCAUAUACAAUCACACAGCAAUCUUGCCCAAGCACCACUGGCCUCGUGGCUUCAGGUGCAAUGGUCACCUCAUGUUGAAUGCUAAGAAAAUGGCCAAGGGUACUGGGAACUUCAUGACUCUGUGCAGCAGUCUUAGAGAGUAUGGUGCUGAUGCCAUCAGAUUCGCUCUAGCUGAUGCUGGUGAUGGUCUUGAUGAUGCAAAUUUUUCGUCAGGUGUUGCCAAUGCUGCUGUUUUGCGGCUUACUAAAGAACUCUCAUGAAUGAAAGAGGUCAUGGAUACCACGGAGUCAUCUUUAAGAGUAGGAGGUAAAUAUACCUUUGCAGACCGGGUUUUUAAUAAUGAGAUGAAUAUUGCAGUAAAAAAUACAAAAUUCAACUAUGAGCAUUACAUGUUCCGUGAGGCUCUGAAGACGGGGUUUUAUAAUCUUCAAGCUUCGCGAGAUGAAUACAGAUUGAUGUGUGGUCCGACCGGGAUGAACCGUGAUCUCUUGUGGCGAUUCGUGGAUGUCCAAAUCCGUCUUAUCACACCUAUAUGUCCUCAUUUUGCUGAGUAUGUCUGGAGGGUACUGUUAGAGAAAGAAGGGUUUGUAGUUAAAGCAUCAGGUUGGCCUAAAGCUGAUGAGCCAGAUUUAAAUCUUAAGUGGGCGAAUAAGUAUAUGCAGGACUUGAUAUCUCGGAUGAGAAAAUUGCUUCGUAAAAAAAUGUCAAAGAAAGGAAGUAAUGAGAAGAAGUUGGGGGUUUCAGUUGUAGUGGUUGUCAAAGAGGAAUUUGAUGGAUGGAAUGCAGAGUGCUUGAGAAUCUUGCGGGGCAAGUAUGAUAAGGAGGAAUGUUGUUUUGCACCCAAUAGAGAAAUACUUGAUGCCUUGGAAAAGAGCUCCCUAUCUCAGCCGCUGGAGCCUUGCAUGCCUUUUAUAAGAUUCAAGCAAGAUGAAACUUCUGAAUUUGGCGUUCGUGCUUUGGAUUUGAAACUUCCCUUUGAAGAGAUGAAGUUGCUUGAAGAAAAUUUAGAGCUAAUCAAGACACAAGUUGGGGUUAAAAAUGUGCAGCUCUGUUCUGUAAAUGACCUAAAUGAUCUAAUUGACAGAGCCGGUGACCUUGCAAAUAUAAAUCCUCCUUCUCCUGGAAAUCCCACUCCCAUAAUCAUGUUUAUAUAACUACGAAGGUGGAGCAAUGGAUGACACUUUGAUGUAGGGGUGGCACAAAAAGGGAAACAGAAGGAGACUGUACCAAAACCAACCUGAAAAAUCCGUUCCGAGGUAAAACCGAGUCUGAAUGGUCAGGCUUUAGACUGAAAAAACCCUGAAAAAUCCGUUCCGAGGAAAAAAGACCUGCCACUUUGGACUUCCUGAUGUUCAAAAUGCAACCCAAACUGUCAACCACAACUCCACAAGACUACUGAAGUGUAAAUCAAUAGCAAAGUUGGUUCAGAGGUUGAACUUCUAGAAUUUUUGUACUCUGCGGUUAAAGGAAGGUGGAGGAACAGAUGACACUUUUGAUGUAGGAGUGAGCACAAAAAAGGGAAACCGCAGGAGACCGCCCCAAAACCAACCCAAAAACUCUUUCCCAAGAUAUACAAGAGGUGCAAAGUUCAAGGAAUGAUUAGAGGUUGGAUGCUUGAAAUUGCAUAUUCAAAGUUGAUAAACCCUAUAUUCAUGUGUUAUUUGAGUCUUAUUAUGUACUGUAAUGUAUUGUUGUGUGAACUUUGAUGGGCUAUAUAGUGAAAUUGUUUUUGGAUGUGAUUAGACUUUUGGAUUAUAUCAUGAAAAUUCUUGUUCCAAUCUUGGAAAAUUGUUUGUUGGCAUUCAUAAUGGUUUGAUGUGGUCUAUAGUUUUUCAAACCAUGAAUACAUAUGAAAUUGGUUU